ACUGUCGUCUGUCAUUAGUGGCAUUGGUCUGCGAGAUGCCGCCUUUUUUAACUUAUUUAUUUUAUUUGUUUAUAAUUUUUUGAAUAUUUAAGAAGUAGAAUAUGAACAUUAGUUUAACGAUCUAGGAAUAUAACGUUUAACUUAAACUACUAUAUGAUAUAAUUGUGUAGAGCCGUUUGUGAUUUCAAAUUGAACAAUCGCGAACAGUCUUUAAUUUUAGGGAUAUCACAAAUCCUUCACAAUCACACCAUUUACACCAUGAAAGAAAAAACCAAACCUACUCCAAGUGUUGAUGUUCCUGUGACGGAAGACUCUGGUGAUGAUGGGGAUGAAACUUCAAGUAUUGGUAGCACUUCUACCACAGAUAAUACUUCUAGAAGUGCCACCCCUACCAACAAAUUAAGGAAGGGUAGAGCUAGAAAACGAUUAAGUAAUACCAAAGAGAAGGUUUUAAAACCUAUUUAUAAGCAUGUUUGUAGUAUUAAAGAAGAUCAUGGACAACCUCUUUUUGGGGCCCAGUUUAAUCACCAUCUGAAAGAGGGCCAACCCAUGAUAUUUGCCGCUGUUGGUAGCAACAGGGUAACAGUAUAUGAAUGUCCAGAGGGUGGUGGAAUAAAAUUGGUCCAGUGCUAUGCAGACCCAGACUUAGACGAAAAUUUUUAUACUUGCGCUUGGUCCUAUGAAGAAGACCAAGGAAAACCACUACUUGCUGUUGCUGGUGCAAGAGGUGUUAUUAGAAUAUUAAAUCCAGCUACCAUGAGUUGCAUUAGACACUAUAUUGGGCAUGGACAUGCAAUUAAUGAACUGAAAUUCCAUCCAAAAGAUCCAAAUUUGUUGUUGUCUGUGUCUAAAGACCAUUCUUUAAGACUGUGGAAUAUUAAAAGUGAUGUCUGUAUAGCAAUUUUUGGAGGCGUGGAAGGGCAUAGAGAUGAAGUUUUAAGUGCAGAUUUUGAUCUGCUGGGCAACAGAAUAAUGUCUUGUGGUAUGGACCAUUCAUUAAAACUGUGGCUUUUAAACAAAGAUUACAUGAAGGAAGCUCUUAAGGAAUCUUACAACUGGAAUUCCAGCAGAAAUUCAAGACCUUUUGAUACAUUAAAAGAGCACUUCCCAGAUUUCUCCACUAGGGAUAUUCAUAGAAAUUAUGUGGACUGUGUAAGAUGGUUUGGAGAUUUCGUCUUAAGCAAAUCCUGUGAAAACUGCAUAACAUGCUGGAAACCUGGCAGACUGGAAGAUGAUCAAUUACGAAAGGGCGAAACUACUUCAACUAUUAUCCACAAAUUUGAAUAUAAGGAGUGUGAAAUUUGGUUUGUGAGAUUCGCUAUGGACUUUUGGCAAAAGAUUUUGGCAUUAGGAAACCAAUCAGGCAAAGUUUUUGUAUGGGAUUUGGAUGUGCAGGAUCCAGCUCAUGCCAAGUGCCAUACUUUAGCACAUCCACGAUGCACCACCGCUAUAAGACAAACAACGUUAAGUCGAAACGCUAAUAUUCUUCUUUAUGUUUGUGAUGAUGGGACUAUAUGGAGGUGGGAUAAAAUAGCUUAAAUUCACUGGAAAAUUUAAGUUGUUAGUGUGUAAAAGCAACAUCAAAAAACAAUAAAGUUUUUUUAUUGUUAUUUAGUAAAAACCAUAAUUUCAUAUAAUAAUUUUAAGGUAUACAUUUUAAAUACAUUUUUUAUAAUAAU